AUUCAUAAACUUAAAUAAUGGACAUCGGUUCUGUGGGGAUUCAGAAAUUCAGAAAUUGAACAGAGCAAACAUCCUUUGGUUCAGCUGAGAAUUAAUUAAUUUUGAGUUGCAGUUUUCAGUGUCUUCAGAAAUUCAGAAAUGUUUGUUUCAGGCCACCCUGUUGUUUGGACCUGCAUUCAGGACCGGAAACAAGAAAAGACAACUCUGUCUCCAGGAAAGCCAAACCUUUUAAGCACAGGAAUCCAAAAAUAGCUGGACAAAAACAACUAUAACAACAGCAAAAACAAAAGCCAGAAGAAGAAGAAGAAGACGGAGAAGAAGAAAAACAAACGAAAGAAGAAACGAAGAAAAGACGCUUUUGAACAAUCCAAAAAUAAAAUAAAAUAAUAAUAAAAAGAAGUAAGAACAAUAGAAAUCAAAUAAUUUGUGUAGGAAAUAAUAUAGCUUUUGAAUAACAAACAAAAAAUAGAACUAAAAACCUCCCAAAAAAAUAAAAGAAAAGAAAUCAAUAAUAAUAAUAAAAUAAUAAUUUUCACAACAUAGAACUAUCAAAAACCUGUGAAAGUGACACCACUAAACACCACACAGACUUAUUCUGAACGCACAGACAAGGGGAAAUACCACCCAAGACGUCUGCAGCAAUUCAAAGUUAAAAAAAAGGCAGGCUGAUCUUUCGUCUACUGAGAGACAGUCAGUAUCCUAUCGAACUGUCUAGAAAUUGAGUAAUUGGAACCACCUCAAUAAUCUAAGCUGUAACUUUGCUGAUUGAAAGUAACGUAAAACUCGAUCGUAACACUUCUCAAAUUCGCCAUUGGAAGGGUACAGACUUUAUUAGAGUUUAUUUCAAAGGGCAAAUUAGUUUACAAUUUUCAAUUCUGAAUAAAUAGUCUCGAUUAUAGAUCUAAUUUGUUCCGUGUACAGUUUUGUUGAGGAAAUAUUUCAGAACUUUGAGCACACUGUGACAGUAAAUAACGUUUCUGCAUUUCGUGGAUUUACCUACUCCAUAUUUCAAAAGAUUUUGUCAAAAGUACAAAGCAUUUAUCCUGAGAAACAUUGUUGAAAAACCAACCCAUUCUGUUCGUAAAGUGCUCGGUAGAUUGCUUGUUGUUUUCUUGGCUUCUUUUUCUGUUUUACCCUUCGUUAUCGAGACGCCAUCGCUUUCGAACACAACUACAAGAACAGCAACAGCAGCAACAACAGCAGCAGCAACAACAACAACAACAACAACAAUAAAACAACAGCAACAACAAAACGACUGUCGUUCAAAAGACAACAACAACAACAACAGCAACAAAAAGGAAGCAGAAGAAGUAUAGAAGAGACAGACGAAAAGUGAAGCCUCCCCGUUAUCAAGCUUGGCGGAGAUUGUUUUCAUCGUCAUCAUCAUCGUCAUCGUCAUUGUUGUCGCUGUCAGCCCUGCUACGUCACUUUCGAUCUGCGCCAUGAUGAUGUUGAGGAACCCUCUGUUGUCCCUAGCAACAGCCUGCUCUGUCUUUACCUUCUUUACCUCAGAUUGUCUGGGCCAGCCGCUCGACCUGGACACCCUGCUGCCCCCGGAGUCCGUGACGUCACGUGGUCUGAGCAUGCGCGAGGCGGGCCUGUUGUUGCUGACCCUGUGCUGGGAGGACUCGCAGCUGUUGGACCAGUGUCAGAGAA